AAAAUGAGACUCGGGCAAAGCGAUGGGUAUGAUGGAUAUAAAUCUAUGGUCCCCUUCGAGGACUUUCCUCCCACACCUCCACCAUCGAAACGGAUAAACGGAACACACUCACCCUAGAACAGGACAAAAGUUAUACUACGUUCUACUACAAUCCAAGCAACCGUAUGCCAUGGCACGACAAUACCUUCUAGCUCUCGCCGCGUUGGCGUUCACCAAGGGCGUGCUCUCCGAGCUUCUUAACUGUGGAUCUGCCCAGUAUGACCCGACGCAGUACGUCUGCUACGACAACCAGUUUCUCUGCCCAAUUGUGAGUGGCGAGCCGCUGUCGUACUGCUCCGGAGCCUGCUACAGCAAAUUCCAAUACACGUGCGCCGGCAACGUGCUGGCGGCACUGCCUCCAGUGGACUCGUCAACGCCGUUCACGCUCACCGUGUCCAACCCGACCCUGCCGGUCGACGGCAAGUUCGUCACCGCCUGCGGCCGGCACUGGAGCAUCGACGGGCAGACGUGCACCUACUGCCCGGACCAGGUCGGCGACUGCCCGGCCGGCACGGUCACGGCGGUCCAGGCGGCCGGCGGCGGCGCGGGCAUGAACGCCGAGGUGCCCGGCGGCCAGCUCGUCUACCUGGACGCCUUCUGGAACGUCGGCUUCACCCAGGCCCACUCGGCCGGCGUCCCAGCCGGGAGCACCACCUCGGGCUUCGCCGCCUACCACGGCGGCGGGUUCGUCAACCUCAACGGGAACGGCUACGGCUGGGUGGCGUGCCCUCCCACGGCGUCGGGCGGUGGCGGCGAGGACGGCUGGAACCUGGUGGCCAAGAACGCGUCGAAUGCUGACAACUUGGGCAAUUGCUACGGGGUCAAUCUGAAGGUUAACGAGUUGGGUCCCAACACUUUUGCUGCCUGGCAGUAUACUUGAGCUAGUCAAGUCCCCUUGCCUUUUUUUUUUUUUUUGGAUGUCGU